AAUGGCCAAUUCCAUCUCCAUUCUACCUUUGGUCCUGUCACUUGUUCUGUUGAAUACCGUGGUUCCGAUGGGUGCACUUUCCCAAAACGACGCCGUUGCCAUGAUCUGCCCGAAAACCCGUAACCCAGGCUUCUGCACGUACGUGCUGAAAUCCACGGGCAGCGCCACGGACCUGGUCGGUCUGGGCCGGUUCACGCUGAACCUGGCCCACGCGAGGGCCGGCGAGAGCCGCGCCCUGGCCCGGUCACUGGCGGCGAAGACGGCGGAUCCCAAGCUCAGGGAGCGCUAUGCCUCGUGCUCCGACAGCUACAACGACGCCGUUUCCAACAUUGAGGACGCAACGAGGUACUUGGCCUCCGGUGACUAUAACGGCGUCAAUGUUGAGGCCUCGGCGGCGAUGACAAAUGCCGACGACUGUGAGGGAAACUUCACGGCGCCGCGGCCGGAGUCGGAGCUGACGAAGAACUCCAAGACUCUGGAAGAUAUAUGUAGCAUCAUUUUGGUUAUCUCCAAUCUUCUCCUUGGCCGCGUUUGA